AUGCGAUUGCUCCGUAAAUGCGCUCGAGCCUGCCCUGAUUUUGCCGAGGAUUUUCUGCCUUCCGCGAAUACGGUAUUGGUAGCACGGCAGCGAGCCUCGCUCCAGAACAGCAAAGUGAAGACUAUCAAAGAGACAAGAGCCUGCAAUACAAACACCAGAUGGCCGAGCGGGAAGCCCAGCCCUGCUAGUCGAUGCUCCCUGACAUUUCAAGAUCUGCAUCACGUGUCCGAUCUAGUUGAGAAAGGUGAGGUGGAGAUGUAUGGAGAGCAGCUCUCGCGGUCAUCCGUGGACCUAGUCGACCUGGACUUGUGGGUCACUAGCGAGGAUGGCGAGAUUCCGAUCGGGGAAGAUGCGACUCUAUGCAGCUUGCGGCCUCAGCACUACAGACAGUACCUGCUGCAACCCGACAACUUCGGCCUGCUGCAGGACAGAAAGGAUGCAGAAGACGUGAUGCCGAAGAAGAAGGCAUCAGUGAUUUCGAAGAAGAAGGUAUCAGUGAUUUCGAAGAAAGCAUCCUCUGUCGAUAAGUCAUAUUGGCAAGCCACGAAAAACCUGUCUAGAACAGGUCAGCCUUCGAAAGGCACAGUGAGAUCAUCCACGCGCCGAAAAGCACUUACGCCAGACACUAGAGCCGCGGAUCAAGACCUCGAGGCAGACCCUGUGAUUGAUACGACCGCUUCGCAUAGCCAUAUCACUCGGCAGUCUUCCAUUAGUACUCUAACCCCACUUACAUCUGCUGAAUCGUCGCCUGAAACAAGUUCCGCGAAAUCCUUGAGAGUCUUGGAUCCAUUCCAGGUGCACCAAGGGGCUUUAAGCAUCGAAGAGAGCCUACACAACAAACAUCACGAAGAGAUCCAGCUCUAUGCAGCGAAGCUGCAAGACGAGUCUGAUCAAAGCGACAUGCAUAGCGUGCGAGCCGCGUGGCUGACCCAGGCCACGAGAUGGGCCAGCAUCUGGACUCCGCCCGAGUGCGGCCUUGGUUUUGGCUUUGCUUUAGCAGAGGAAAGUGCGGAUGUCCAUUACUGCACUUCGGAAUACUUCCUGCAGGCGGGCAGGCAGGGCGAUGUGUUCACCAAACCUAUCGUCAUUAAAGAGGCAUUCUCAGACGGUGGCAUGAACACAGUCCAUAAUUUCCGAUCACUGCUCAGGGAUGCAUUCCACAACAAGGCCCUAGACAUUCGACCUCUUGGCGCGAAACAGACAGAAUCAGUGUCUACAUUAGACUUUUUGACGCGACUUGACCACGGGUCAGGAGAUAACGCUCUCAACCUCCGUGACUUAGCCAAAGCGCAGCGGCCGGCCUUCACUAUGAUGCCGCGGUUUCGUCUGCUCGAGACCCUUGCAGAGAGUUGUUAUGGUGAGCCAGGCAAGGAGGUCUGUUCCAGACCUGUUGACGUUGCCAGCUGUGGGUCCUUUAAUAUCCUCGGUCAACGUGGUGCAUUCUCUGGCGCUCAUGUCGACUCCCUCGCAGGCACAUGGGUCCGAAAUCUGGAUGGGCUGAAGUACUGGAUGAUCGUACCAUCAUCCGACAUGGGGAGCGAGGUAAGUGCUUUCUGCGAGCAAGGCGACAGAUGGCUGCCCCAUGGUAAGGAGCGGCUUAUUCUCCUCGAGCAAGAUGAUGUUCUGCUCAUGCCGCCUGGUCCGCCUCAGGUCCAUGCUGCUCAUUCUCCACGAACGUGCCUUAUGUCUGGGGGAAUGCUCUGGGACGAGCUCAACAUCCUCUCGAUUCUGCAUUCGCUGGUGUGGAUAGGCCAAAAUCAGCAGGCCACAAAUGAGUCAGUGGCGUACCAGCUUCCCGGCAUCAUUAAUGCGCUCCAGAACCUCGUACAAAGUGAUAGCGCCAGAUUUAGCAGCCACUAUCCACCCGGGACGUUCCAAAGGAAGUUCGAGGACGCUUUACAGACGUACAAAGCUCUCGGGUGUAGUUGCGCCACAAACGAGACUGAGAUCUGCCCUUGCGACGCUGCCGGCCGCAGAUGCACUGCACAGUGUGCUGGACAUCCCAAGCUACCAGAAAGUUCCCAAUUCGAUUGCAUGUACGAACAAGCCGAGGAGGAUGCCUCACGCUCGCAAAGGAGGGGAGCUUGUAGGCGUGCUUGA